CGCACCCAAUCCCCUGCGGGCGGCCACCCUCACCGCCGUCGGCAGCGGCGCCACCCUCCGGUGGGUGUCCGCCACCGCAUUCACGCGCUCCCCUGGGCUGUCGGCCCCGCUCCUCUAUUUAUAUCCCCGCCCCGCCCACCUCCACGCUUUCCUCAGGCAGGAGCGCGCAUCCGGCCCCUGCCCUUCUUCCCCACUUUCCUCUCCUCUCCCCCCAGAAUAAUAAAAUUUCCUGCCCCGGGGCUCCCUCCCUCCCAAGGAAACCUACCCAAUCCAUUCGUCCGGCGGCCGAUCCAUCUGCCCGUCCAGGGAGAGGAAGGAAUAAUCAGUCACUCAGUCAGUUAGCCAGUCAAUCAGAGGAGAGCCGGAAUCCAGCAGGAGCGCGCCGCGGGUUGAUCCCUUGCGUCUCCGGCCCUGCCGCGCGGGCGCGGCGACGUCUCUGCUGUUCUUUGCGUCGCGGAGGACGAAUCCGUGAGGAGGGAGUGUGUGUGAGGAAGAGGAAGGUGGAGGAGGGAACCCCUCUUGGAGAUUGGCAUCUUCCUCGUUGGGUUGCGCUGCGUUGCACGGCAAGACGGCGGCCUUGAAGAUGCGGGUGCUGGAGGACGACCUCUUCCCCUCCACCCCCGGCAAGGUCAAGAUCGAGAGGGCGGGCAACAUGAACCGGCAGCUGCACCGCUGCUUCGCGUCCACCAGCACCAUGUUCCUGUGGGCGCUCUUCCUCGUCGCCAUGACCGCGUCCUACCUCAGCUUCCAGUCCUUCGUCGACACCUCCUCCAAGUACUUCGCCGCCUCCUGGGGCGGGUUGCACUGGGAGCGGCAGAUCCGCGCGUCCGCCGCGCCGAGGAGGCCGCCGGGGUCGGCGGACGGGGCGGGGAUGUCGGUGCUGGUGACCGGCGCGGCCGGGUUCGUCGGCACGCACUGCUCGCUCGCGCUCCGCAAGCGCGGCGACGGCGUCGUCGGCAUCGACAACUUCAACGCCUACUACGACCCCUCGCUCAAGAAGGCCCGCAAGGCGCUGCUCUCCUCGCACGGGGUCUUCGUCGUCGAGGGCGACAUCAACGACGGCCUCCUCCUGGCCAAGCUCUUCGACGUCGUGCCCUUCACGCACGUGCUCCACCUCGCCGCGCAGGCCGGUGUGCGCUACGCCAUGGAGAACCCGGCGUCGUACGUGCACUCCAACAUCGCCGGCCUCGUCACGCUCCUCGAGGCCUGCAAGGACGCCUACCCGCAGCCGGCCAUCGUCUGGGCGUCGUCGUCCUCCGUCUACGGCCUCAACGACAAGGUCCCCUUCUCGGAGCGCGACCGCACCGACCAGCCGGCCUCGCUCUACGCGGCGACCAAGAAGGCCGGCGAGGAGAUCACGCACACGUACAACCACAUCUACGGCCUCUCCAUCACCGGCCUCCGCUUCUUCACCGUGUACGGGCCCUGGGGGCGGCCGGACAUGGCCUACUUCUCCUUCACCCGCAACAUCCUGCAGGGGAAGCCCAUCACGGUGUACCGCGGCAAGGACCACGUCGACCUGGCCCGUGACUUCACCUACAUCGACGACAUCGUCAAGGGCUGCCUCGGCUCCCUGGACACGGCCGGCAAGAGCACGGGCACCGGCGGCAAGAAGCGCGGGCCGGCGCCCUACAGGAUCUUCAACCUCGGCAACACCUCGCCCGUGACGGUGCCCAACCUGGUGUCCAUCCUGGAGAAGCACCUCCGCGUGAAGGCGAAGAAGAACGUGGUCGAGAUGCCCGGCAAUGGCGACGUGCCCUUCACCCACGCCAACAUAUCCCUCGCGAGGGAACAGCUCGGGUACAAGCCGACCACCAACCUCGACGUUGGCCUGAAGAAGUUCGUCAAGUGGUACCUGUCCUACUACGGCUACACCAGGGGAUCCAAGAACUUUCGACAAUAGUCCGUGCUAAUCCUUGGUCGUCUGAUUCUUUCUCCUCAUUUUUUCUUUUUCCUCUUUGGCCCGGCCGCGGCCACCACUCCCGGAUCAAACAUUGACAUUCUAUCUGGAUUUUUUUGGUGAGUAUGUUUUAGGGCGUUCCUUGAUCAGAGAAAAAUACUGGGGGAAAAUUCUUUUCUUGGUGAGGAGAGGGAGGAAGGAGGAAGAAAGCAACAGAGAGCAGCAGCCUUUUUUUUUCUUUUCUUUCAUCAUCUUCCCUUGUGUAAAUUGGAUGUGCUCCAUGAAACUUUUUUUCCCCCUCCAUCCUUAGAAUUCCAAUGUAAUAUCAAAUUCUUUCCGAUCUGAUGAGCUGACACCGAAUUCAAUUGGCGAA